ACCAAGGAGAAGAGAACAGCACUUGGGGAAAGGAAACAAAACACUGGGCCUGUCCAGGAGGGGCAAUUUCCCGUUUAAAUCGACUCCAGCUCCAAGCUACCCCUCGGGGGAAGGAGAGAGGCUUCUGACAUUCCCAGGGGGGUGAGAGGCAGGCAGCAGGAGCACUGGGUGAAGCCAAAACGCCCCUGCUCCUUGUUGAAGAAAGAGGGCGAGCGUUCAGGGGGAAAGGUCAGUUCCCCGCACAGGAAUGUGUGUCCCCUCGCAAUGGGGCGAGACUGCAGGCAGGUUCCCCCAGGGGGCUGGGGCAGCAAGGAAUGAGGCGUGAGGACAACACCUUCCAGUGGAGGGCUCGGAGCGUCUGCGUGUGGGCUGCAUGGAGGAACUUGCUCUCCCUGAAGGAAUGCAAUUGCGAUGGCUAGGGGACCAAGUGGAGCUUUGCCACCCGUGAACUUGCCGCACCUCAGGAGGGGAGAAAUAUUGUGACUUUUUCCGCCUAGAUCAGGAGUGUCCUUUGCACGCUGCAGUUUGGCAAGAGUCGGGGCGAUGGGGGGACCAGGAACAGGACCCUGAGAACCUGCUCUGGGGACGGAGACGUGGCAACUCACCGUACCUGGGUAAGUCUGGAACCAAACCAAGGGGUUGAUGGUUCAGUGUCCUGCAUGGAAGCCUUCGAUGCCCCUUCUCUGUCUCCCUUUAGCCCCACAUCUCAUGGCAAGAUGGCUGGGAUUCAGGGGGCCACGGUGCAGAGCAUCCGGCCCUACAAGUCCAGCGAGCAGUAUCUCUACGCCAUGAAGGAGGACCUGGCCGAGUGGCUCAAGGAACUCUAUGACUUGGAAGUCAACGUUGGGUCCCUCCUGGAGGUGCUGGAGACGGGCUCCAUGCUGUGCUAUCAUGCCAACAACAUCACCCAUGUGGCCGGAGAGUUCUCCCGGGACUAUCCAGGCCUGGCCCACAAGCUCCAGCUGCCCAGAUAUGGGGUGACAUGUAAUGACUCUGCCCAGCCAGGGACCUUCCAGGCCAGGGAUAACGUGUCUAACUUCAUCCAGUGGUGCAGGAAGGAGAUGGAUAUUAAAGAGGUGCUGAUGUUUGAGACGGAGGACCUGGUGCUGAGGAAGAACGAGAAGAACUUUGUGCUGUGCCUGCUGGAGGUGGCCCGCCGGGCCUCUCGCUUCGGGAUGAGUGCUCCCACCCUGAUCCAAAUGGAGGAGGAGAUCGAGGAGGAGAUCCGAGAGGAGAUGGACCUGCCCCCUGAGGAUACCCCACUUCCCAAGCCGCAGAGGAAGCCUUGUGACUUCAAGAACCUGGACCAGAUGGUCCAACACCUGGUGAGCCGGUGCACGUGCCCAGUCCAGUUCUCCAUGAUCAAGGUGUCUGAAGGAAAAUACCGCGUGGGCGAUUCCAACACCCUUAUUUUUGUCAGGAUCCUCCGGAAUCAUGUCAUGGUGCGGGUUGGAGGUGGCUGGGACACGCUGGAGCAUUAUCUGGAUAAGCAUGAUCCCUGCCGGUGCACCUCGCUGUCUCACAAGCAGGCUGUCAAGCUGACAAGCCCUCAAAGGCUGCAGGCAAUACAGGUGCAGCACGAGAUCAAGGUCUGCCCGACACCCAGGACAGACAACCCAAAGAAGCCCCAGCCCACCCUGAUCGUGAGCAGGUCCCAAAGCCCACUGCCCCCAGUGGAGUGGAGGACCUACACCCCACAGAGUCUCAGCACCAGCCGGAAGCUUCGUUCCUCUGCAUCGCCAGAGAGCACCAGGUUCAGGCCCCCGCGGGAGCAGUCAGAACCCAGGAGGGUCCCUUCGGCCAGGGCAACAGAGCGGUCUGCUACUCCUUCGCGGAGGCAGCUGUUUGCUGAAGAAAGAUCUGCUACCCACCAGAACUCCUCCACCCAGAGCGGGAGGGAUAAGCUGUGUGUUUCUAUGUCCUCCCUGACAUCGCAGCUGACUGGAAGCGAGGAGGAUGGUUCUGGCGCCUCAGAAGCUCUCCCAGAGCCCCAGAGAGGGCGACAGACUAGUAGAAUCCCUGGGAUGAAUCAGAAGGACCCAGCUAGGUUUGUGCAAGCCAGGUGUACAGAGUCCAGGCCUCAGACGACAGUGCCAAAGGACAGAACAGCUCAGCCACCAAGGAGCACCCAGUAUGGAGUCAAACCCGUUCCACAGGCUCACAAGCCUGAGGAAUCAGGGGUCAAGACCUUUCCUGGGAUGGUCCGUUCCUCCAGCCCAAUGAAACCCCUUCAUCUCUCCCCACAACGGGAUUCCAAGGGAGCUGCACAGAGCCACAACGCUGCACAUGGCUGGGGGGAUGCUGGGGUUGUGAGGCCAUCCUCCCCAGUUAAACACAUGGGCCAGACUCCAAAACAGGAAAGUAGCACUAAGAUCCCAGUCAAAGCCGGCCCCGCCUUCAGCAGGCCCCCAACUCCUGUUCAGAGCUACCAGGGGGAGCCCCGCCUCCGAAAUGGGUGGAAAGUCCCUGCCGGUGAAAUGGCAAAAGCCCCGGCUCUCUCAAAGAGCAAAGUCGUGUCCGGGGCUGAGGAUGGUUUUCAGGGGCACAGACAUUGCAGUGGGGCAGUCAAGCCAGAGACAUUGAUGACCAACCUUCCCACUAGCCUAAAAGACAGGCUCGGCCAGUCAGCUCCAGCAGGGAAGGACAAGGGUCCAAACACCAGACUGGUGCAGGAGGUAGAGCCAGGAAACACCAAUGACAGCAGCAGGAGUGGUGGCGAUCCAAUAGGCUGCAGAGAGGAGAGGGAACGUGUGUAUACACCUUUGCCCAUCAACCCGGCCCAGGAGCGGGCGCUAUACAGGAGCCUAGAAGAUGAGAUCUUAUCCAACAUAAAGGUUCUAGAGGCUGAUUCUGAUGAAAGCCACUGCCCUGAGGGGAACCAUCUGGACGACUUUGCUCUGGACUGCAGCAUAGCGAGCGUCGCCGCCGUCAGUGAGAUAAGUAGGCUCAGGUCCUCCACGCCCUCCCUGUCUUCCUUGACAAGUGCCAGGCAGACCUUGCCAUGUGGCGAGGGUGUGCCUCGGAGUGGCGUCUAUGUGCCCAGCGGAGAGGCAAAAUGGCACCCGGCUGGAUUCCGCUAUGGUGAUGUGAUUGACGAACUCUCCCAGGGGCACAACACACUCCACCCAGUGGACGUGGAGAACUGGAUCGCCAAGAUGCCACCCAAGGGGGCUGGGAGGGUUUCCUCUCAGCCAAGUUCGCCUCUGGUGAAUGGAAACCAGGUGGAAAAGAAGCUUCUAGAGCCAGAAGGGGCUUUGUUACAGGAGAACGUGUCCAAUGAAACCAAAGGCAACUGGUCAAGGAGGCAGCCAUCUCUCACAAGCCAUGCAGGGUCGGCUGUAGUCAGUAGAAAUAGCAAAGCUUCUCAGGCAGCCUCUGAUGGCCCCAAGGCAUCUAUCAAUUCUCCAGCCUCUGUGGGUGGUCUUGAAAAGUCCAAACUGCCUCAAGGUAAGCCCAAAAGAUCCCUGAAGAAGCCCGAACGGGUGCCAUCCAUCUACAAGCUAAAACUACGCCCCAAAAUCCGCCCACGCAGGGACAACAGACCUGAGAAACGGCCAUCCAAAAUCCCCACUCCAGUGACCUAUCGACAGGCACAGAAAGCGGCCAGCGUCAAAGCCCAGGAAAAAGCCCACAGCUCAAAGCAUCAGACCCGGCCAACUCAGGACAGCCUGGAUAGCACAAGGCAGAACAGCACAGGAAAUGCUGGGUCCGAGGAAGAGGCUUGGCUUUCAGAACAUAGUAACUCCCCACAAGCUGGGAAGAAGACAGUCCUAGCAGAUACCAAAGUGUGGCUCACAGAAGAAGAUGAGGAAUCCUGGGUCUGAUGUCUUGCCUGCUGGCGCCAAUUUUGCGUCCCAGUUGUCAGUGUUUGUAGCUCUACGGGGAGCCACAUUCUCCUCCAACCCCAUUGGAGAAACGGGGUUAGAGAGGAGACUCCGGCCCAACAGAUGCAAAGCCAGUGAACUGAUGAAGUUGAAGUUCUCCCAAGUUCUCAGCUGAGUGGCUCAAAAAAGGGACCUGUUGAUUUGAGCCGAAGAAAUCUGACAUUUAUUUUGAAGGACGAGAAGGCAGAUUUUCAGAGAGGCCUCGACACGACCCUCAAAACCUGCAGGUACAAUUUUGUGCUCUCUCCUGGGUUUUGAACAUGCACUAACACUUCAAAGUGGAAAAUUGAGCCUGCAAUUUGGCAUGAGGCAUCUUUUGAAAACUUGGUCCCAAGUCUGGAACUAAGAACAGAACAUAGAACAAAGGGCGGAAACUGCUAACCUAAGAAAAGCUCUAAUAGUGUGAUUCAAUGAAAGCCAAAUUUUUUUUUUUUUACCAGCAGAUGGAAAUGUAAAUAUUUUUACUGCAAAAGUACUAUCAGCAGGGGGAGAUGCCAGUGAUAUGUAUGAUCAUUUUCUCCUUGCCCCCGAGACCCACCCCAAAUCCAUUGUAAUAGUUUUCUUUGACAGAUGUACUUCCAAAUUCCCCUCUCAGUUAAUUUGGUGGAUUUCCAGGGAUGGUGUACUUGUGCAAUUGAGAGGAGAAUUUGGCCCAUAAAUUGCAAAUACAGAGGCCAAUUUAGCUCAUGCAGAGAGGAGAAAGAGCAUGGUCUCAUUGUUAGAGCAGGUCUAUUGGGUUCAAAUAAUUAAAAAAAAACCUCUCUUUGCCUCAGUUUCCCCAUCUGUAAAAUGGGGCUAAUAAUGCUUACCUCUGAAGGCACCAAGAAUCUUAAUGAAUAUUUGUAAAGCACUUUGAGAUCCUCAGGUGAAAGGCACAAGAGGAAGGUAAAAUAUUAUUAUUAUCGUCCUAGAUCCAUGGGUGAAUCUUGUAUUGAUCCCAGUGGGAAUCCCAAGUGCACUUGUAAGGCAAUAUAGAGCCCUGCUUUUGGAAAGGUUCCCCCAAGAUUGCUCUGCCUUUUAUAGGCAAUGGGCAACAUGCCACCCUCAUUCUGUUCACAAAAGUCUUGUUGAAUUCAAAGGGAGUUUUCUAAAACACUGGAAGUGGUAUAGCACGUGAAUUGUGUCAAAGUCCCUAAUCAGACCAUUUCCCCCUUUUUUUCAUGAAGUUACCGGGGCCAAAUACUCAGCGGAUGGAAAUUUGAUUUACUUCAGCUCAGGAUCUGGGCCACAGUUGCCUGCACGUAUUUUAAGCUUGUCAUUAUUAUUGUUAAACCAGUAGCCAUCAAUGCAUUGGAAAUAGGAAGUUACUUGAAAUGACAAAAGCUGUGUCGGAGCUACUUCCACAGCUGAAAGAAAUAUAAUAAUAGAUUCAGACGGUGGGCUUGUUUUUAACCAACAUGCCGGCGCUAGAGAUGCCCUGUGAUAUCAGGAAAGAGACCUAUAGAGACCACCCAUAAUGUCUUGAUACCCAUGAAUGUUCUGUGUAGUUUAUGUGUGAAUUGUCUUUGUUGUUAUAACUCUUGAAAAUAGUAUUUGAGGUGAUUAUUAAUCAUGCUGCUUGUUCCAGUUAGCCAUUGUAUUCCUAAACCUUUGAUCACUGUAUGACUCUCAGUGUUUGUGCAAUUGAGACAUUCCUAAAACUCUUCUUCUGGUUCAGUAACUUCUGUUUCAAUGGGGAUAUGCAAAGAUUGAUCCAUUGAUAGCAAUGAUGCCUAUAACCCAGGGAUGAUAUAGCUUACUAGGUGAACCCUUUGUUGCACUUUACAUGGGAUAAAUUGUUUUCAAACAACCUGUUUUUCCUUUGGGUCAUUAGAAAUCCCUAACUUUGGACGUACGGCUAGGCCUUCCAAGAGAGGAUUACAUAAGAACCAUGAGUUCAUAAAGACAAGAAUGCAAGAGUUUGCCUGGUCUCUGUUAAUGAGAGCGGGUGGGAAUUUUUCACAUUUUUAGAAUGCUGAUUUCCAAAAAUUUGGAAUAUUUUUGCAAAAAAAUGUUCUGAAUUUUUUAAUUUAUGUUCACUAAAGGAGGCAGCAGGAAAUAGGUCAGGUCCAGGCAGUAGGCCAAGUCAGGUCCAGAUGUGGCCAGCUCCAUAUUUAAGAUUGUGGACGUGGGGGGAUGGCAAAUGAGGUCAGGAAUGCUGUUCAACCAUGUGCUGAGUGAUUUGAUUGGACAGCUCACCCAUGUUGUUUUUUCAGGUGGUCUCAGCAAGAUCUAGAUCUGAACUGUAUUCAGUGAGGGUGAAAGGAACAUUAAUAACCCUUUGCGCAGGUAAUACUAGGUGGAGCAGUGCUUCCAUCUCAAUGGACUAGAGAUUCAGUGAGAAUUUCAAUACACCCUCUACAAGAGUCUUAAGGCUGCAGGGCUGAAACUGACUUGAGCGAUGUGUCGGGGGCACCGUCUUCCACCCUAAUUGCAAUGGGUUGGUGUUGGGAUAUUUUACACUUUCCAUUACCCACACAGUUGCCACGUGUUCCAUUUUCAUUAUGUUCUGUUGUUGUAAUUAGAAACACAUUAACAACUCCACUGUGGGUAUGAGACGUGGUAUGGGAUCACUGAUUCUGAGAAUUACAGCGCUGGGUUAUGUUGCUUGAUUGCCCAACUCAUCGGUUCCCCGCUAGAUGGUGGGUCUAAGGACAAGGGGAAGGAAUAUGGUGGCAGCCCAGUGAAAACAAAGAAUAUGGAAGAGAGAAAGAGGCAUCACGGAGGGGAUCUCUCUGAACAUGAAAAAUCCUACCAGGCCCAUGAAAAUGUUCUUUCCCCAGCAGUCAGGAAAUAGGAUGAAUUUGAAGGAUCAGUGUUGUCAUUGCAUAUCUCAUCAAGCGUAUGUCACCCCUUAGCAACCUACAGCUAAAACCAAGCCCCCCCUUUAAAGUGUAAUAAUGGAGACAAGAACCAGAUUAUGUCCUGGUGUGAGCAGGUACAAUGGGAAGGCACUGAGAAUUGUAUCAAUUUAAUGCCAGGGCUGUAUUUGUCCCUGGGAUAGGAACUGAGUAAUUUUCACUUAUGCCCAAAUAAAUCUGUUAGUCUUUAAGGUGCCGCUGGGCUCCUUGUUGUUUUCAUGGAACAAGACUAUUUGGCAAGAAGGAUCUUUUAAGAAUGAAAUGAAAUUAUUUAGCUGAUCAGCUAAACAUUCACUUGGAGUGGUUUCUGUUAGUUUAUGACCAGGCCUCACGAGAUAGGUCAGUUGAAUACCUUGACAAACCUUGAAUACCAUCCAACCAUGUUGGAUGAGUGUCGUAAAUAUACAGAACCAACAAAAAUGGAGAAGUGCCGUCACAGACUUGUAUUUAAUUUAAAUGUAUUGGAUACAGAUUAAUUUCCUUAGUUCAGAACUACAAGCUCCUUGAUAAACGGUCUGAAAGUAGAGCUGGGUGGAAAAGUCAGGGUUCUUUUAACAGAAAAUGUUGAGACUUUGGUAAAAUAUUUCUGCUGAGACCCAAGACAUUUUGAUUGUGAAAUGCAUCUCCCAUGAAACACCACUGUCUCCCUUCUUGGAGAGGGUAGUUGGCACAUCCUGGAAGUCACAUGUUGGAGAUGCAUCGUGGGACACGAGUCUGACUGGGGAGCCUGGCCUCUAGAGAAUAGGAGUUUGAGACACCUGAAUUACAACUCCCACAAGGCACCAUGGCAUGGCAGCAUUUCACAAUAUUUUGUUUUUUAGAUUAAAUAUUCCAAUUUUGGGGCAGUUAGGCAAAUCACAAUUUUCUGUGGAAAGCCAAUACUCUUUGCAAACAAUUUCAUUUAGUUGAAAAGCCAAUUUUCUGUUGAAAAACAGUUUGUGGAAAUUUUUCACGCAGCCCUCUCUGAAAGGGGUUUUCCCUAGUGUUGCUGUAGCUUCUGUAAUGUCUUUAGAAACAUGGGUUUGAAACUUUUAACAGUAAUUCUCCUCCAUGACUCAUCACCAAUCACACCCCUCCUCCUCUUUCAGGAAGGGUACAACAGCUCUCUCUGCAGGGUUCAUUAUCAGGAGGCAAUUUAGUGAUUGUUUCAAGUGGCAGGAGAAUGAGGCAGUGAGAGAUUAGGAACCGAUGCGGAAGCAGAUGUCUGGAGAAAGGGUUGGAGCUCUGUCUUAUACCUGUUGGAAACUCAUUUUUCUGGAUUUAAAGCUUGAAGACAAGCUUCCCAUGAUACAGGGGGUCCUUCUUCAGGACUCUGUGUCUGACAGGCUAGCUGGAGGGGGCAUGGAUCCGGGGAGGUGGGUUAAUGUGGCAGUUAUCAGAAAAUACACAGCUCCAUUAUCAGGUCCCACUUGUUCCCAGCUGAAGAGGGCUUUAAAGGAGCUCAGACCUACUCUGUGUUCAUAAGCCUCCAUGCAUUCAGUGGUGGCUGUGUGCAGCUAAAGAGACCCUUAUGAACAGAGCUAGCCCUCUAGAGAGCAGGAAGGCCAGCUGUGAAUAGGGAGGGCCCGGUAAGUGCAACACCUGAAAGGAGGAAUAGACAAACGGGGGAUGACAACUCUUUGGCAGGUUCUCUCAUCUGCUCAGGUGCUGGUUAAUCGAGCAUGGAGAUUCACUUGUAGAAAGAGAUGGUGAGCUGCCUGCAGGAAUGUGCUUGCCCUGAUGGUCCCGUGGCCGUUGAGGGGGAGGCAACUGAGCUAUCAGGUGGAACCUGAUGGCCCUGAAGUUUCCAUGGCAGUUGGCGGUAGUGAUGUGGGGGGACAUAGGGUUGCCAACUUUCUAAUUGCUGAAAACCAUACACCUCUGCCCCGCCCCUUCCCCCAAGGCCCCGCCCCCUGCUCACUCCUCUUCGCUCUUCACUCCCCUUUCUCCCGGGACUCACCUGCUGCCUGCAGAGCCAGGCUGGGCGGAGCUGAUGCGGAGCCUGCCCACCUGCCAAUCAGGGCACAACGGGGGUCAGUGCCCGGAGUAAGGGGCCAGGGCAGGGAGGGAUUGUCCCCAUAGCAAGGAGCUAGGACUGGGGUAAUCGGGGCACGGUGGGGGUUGGUCCCCAGAGCCAGAGACCGGGGAGGGGUCAGUCCCCAUAGUGAGGGGCUAGGGCCAGGGCAAUCGGGGCAGAAGGGGGGGCAGACAGGAUCCCCCCCGGGUGGCGGCACCUGCCUCUUGGAGCCCGGUCUGGAAGCCAGCCACUGCUCUCUGUCGGGCGUCAGCAGCUGAGCAGAGAGCAGCUCCUCCAUGUGGCUCCAGCCUCUUCCCACCCCCCGGAGGCAGAGGCCAUGAGGAUUAACGGGGACAGAAUGACGGACCCCCAACCUCAUGCUGGGUAUUUGUCCUGCUCGCAGGCAUAGCCAUGGUGCAUGCAGCACUGCGCUGGGCAAUGACAUGAAUGGAAGCAGAGAUGGAUUAAGGUUUUGUGGGGCCCUGGGCCAGAGCAAGUGGGGGGCCCCCUCCCCACACCUUCUGCCUGCGGUGCCGCCUCCCGUUCUGCCCCUUCCACCCAUGGCCCCACGCUGUUCUGCCCCUUUCCCCUGUGGCCCCGCCCCAUUCUGCCCCCCCCACCGCAGCCCAGGACCUCUCUCCUCCCCUCACCCCAGGGGCAGUGCCACCCAAGUUAGCUGGAACAAGACGCUGGGUGCUUGGCAUUGCCAUCCGUGUGCCAUGGGGCAUCCCUGCCCCCAGGGCACCUCCCGCCCCAGGGGAUACAUGAUUGUUCCUUCUGUCCCUGCCAAGGAGGGGUACCCUGGCCCUAGUGCACCCCCCGGCCAAAGGGCGGGCACUGCUGCCUGCUGCGGCCAACUGGACUUUUCUGACUGAACACUGCCAGGUUCCCUUUUAGACCAGAUGUUCCGGUCAAAAACCAGACAUCCGGCAACGGUAGUGGGGGAGAAGUUGUCAGGUGGAAUGUGGGGCCCCCGAAGGUUCCAUGGCAGUUGGUGGUAGUGACGAUGGGGAGGUGGGGGAGAAGUUGUCAGGUGGAAUGUGGGGCUCCUGAAGGUUCCAUGGCAGUUAGGAAUGACAGUUGGGCAGUUCAAUUAAGUGAGGUGAUUAGAGUGAGUAGGAAAGGGAUUGGGCAUCACUGUGUUCUGAGCUCCAGCACCUACGGCUUGAGGCAAAACCCAAUAAAGUGGAUGGAAGUCUUUCCAUUGCCUUUGGAGCAGAGCCAUAGGGGCCUCUCCUAAAUUGGCCAACUGGGCCUUACACCACCCAGAAAAUUAAGAGGAUCCUUCAGAAAUUACUCUAAAAAAAAAUCUAAAACAAAAUGUAUUCUUUUUUUCUGAACACUGGAGGAUAGAAUUCUCUAUUAAAUUCUAUGGGAUGGUUCAUUAAAAACCUACAGAAAGGUGCUCAUUCUCUUUUACAUUCUAGAGGACUCAUCCCUAAGUAGCAACACGGGUUUACAGAGACAUCACUGAUGUUCCGUCACCCUACAUCUAGUGUUCCAAGCUUGUAAGGGCUUCACAAUGGGGUCUUCAAUACAACGGUCUUCAGUCGGCUCAGAUGGUGAGAGCACGUGUCAUGUAGGUGAAAGGCUGGGCUGGCAAUGGCCCAGGGAACCUCUGCCUCAAUUAGCGCCAGUUAUACCCAACUUGUAAUGCAUCUAACAACUGCUACUAUUAACCAGGCCAUCAUUCACAGGCUCCAGGCCUAGCUAGUGGGAGGUCUUGCCUGGUUGGGUUAAGGAGAUAGGUCCAGGCUGCAGCCUGGCUGGGGGAAUUUUGUCCCCUUAGGUUUCCCUAGCCUCAUUUUAAAAUUCUCUUCAGGAACCAUCUUCUCUCAAGUUCUCCAGAGCUGAGCUGUGCGCUCACUAUUCCUGACAUGUGAUCAUUGACGCCAGGCUGGGGGUUGUUACAUAGCUAGUGUUUUCAAAUUCUCGCAAGGUCACGCCCUGUGGUGUGGAGGGGCCAUCACAGGGAAAGGUCCCUUCACAUCCAGCUGGAAAUCGGGUCGAGACAAAAACCAGUGGGUCUGAUUUCUCCCCAUCUCAUCCCAUUUGCAGCUGUGCACAGUUGCUGUAAAACACCAACGUCCCCUUAUCCAGCUGCAAAUGACCAUCCAAGCUGCCUGUAGCAAUGGAGAAUCAGGCUCAGGCAGUACUUCUACCUUUACACACAAGGUGUGAUUUUUAGUGCUGCCCGGCUCAACAUGGCCCUCACAGCCUAUCCCGCCUUCUUACUUGAUUGUAGGUUUAUGGCUUUUGGGGCAGCUCGUAAAGUGUUCUUAAAUCCCAAUUAUCAUUCACAUUUUUCUGAUUGAAUUCUUCCUCCCAGCUGAUCUGGCUCAUAAUUGUUUUCAGCUUUGUAAAACUGACCUUUUUAAGAGAGAGAGAGCGAGAUAAAUGUCAACAUGUCAAGCCAGCUGUGCUUUACCAGCCAAAACUCCGCUAUCCUUCCUCUUGGGUAUGACUGAAAGCAGACAGAAAUAAUUUCUGCUGAGUAAAAAAGCUACAGUCUUCAUUCAAUGUAAAAUCAGUUCCUCCUCCACACAGGGUAUGUCUACAGUGCAAAAAAAAAAGAACUGUUCUUAACUUGGGUUAGCCUAGUUCAAGUUAAAAUAGAGCCAAACUGCCAUGUCAUCACUGCUAACUCAGGUUAACAGGUCAAGUUUAAAGGCUGCGGUUGAGUUAAACCUGAGCUAAAAGCCAUGUGUUAGCUGUAAAUUGCAAUGCCUUGUGGUUGGAUUUCAAACCACUGCAGUUUCAAUGUACCCAUCUAAAAGAUCUGUGCUUUAUUUUUAAAUGUAACCUGGUGGAUUCACCAUUAGAUUGAUUUCUGGUCAAAAGGAAAAAAUAACCAAUAUCAUUAAUUUGCCUUAGUAAGAAAUUGCUGCGAUUGAGAGCUGGAAUGGGAUUCUUUAAAAGAAAAACAAAACUGUAGGAAGUUGGGUUUUGGAAAGUUCACGAGAAUUUGAUUGGAUCUUUAUAUGGGUAUCAAACUAGCAGAGUUAACACAAUUAAUGACACAAAAAAUGUGGGGAGGGAUAUUAAACCUCAUAUAUCAGGGCUUAAGCCAACCUCAACUAUAGAGCCCAGGAUCAGAUCUAAUGCAAGGUGGGUGGAGAGGCAGAUUUUCCCACAUCUGCAUCUUCUUCUGAAACAACUGGUGCUGGCCACUGCCAGAGACAGGAUACUAGACUAGCUGGACUUUGGUCCUGAUCCAGUCUAGCAAUUCCUAUGCUUCUAGACGCAGAGCUGCGCAUGCUGGUCACUUGGUGCUGGUGAGGAGUGUAGAUAUAAGAAAGUAAUCAGACAUCGCAGGAAAAUGACAGAGACGUAGGUACAGAAGAAGGGGAAAUGCACCUGAUUUUAAUCUGAUUUCAGAUAACGGGGGGUGUAGUGUGUUACAGGCUUUACAGACACAUUGGGAAUCUCCAACAAGAAAUCCAAGGGGAAGUGGAAAACCAAGUCCAAGAAACCCCCAAACUAAACAGGUCAGAUGAAGAACAUCUGGGGGCAGGGAUGGGAGGGAAUAGAGAGAGAGAGACUCCUAAUUAGAGGCUUUCACGUACAUUUCCUCCAAUGUAGACCAAUGAAUAACAGGUGCACAGUGCAGAGAGAAAUGUGGCUCUCUCCUGAGCCCUCCCAGGAAAGACACUCACCAGGAAGAUUUGGGAACAAUUUUCCUGCCAAGGAAGCACAAUUGUGUGUGUAAAAAUGUAUAUGGGGAAAUGUUCCUUCUUAGAACCUUGUUUAAAGAAAGAGAACGGUAACACUUUGUAUUAAGGGUAUUUUUAGAAAUAGGUUAAUUCAUAAAUAAUUAUGUGAUUAGUUAUUACAAUAUUUAUUAAAAAUGCUAUUGCGCUUGUCAUCUUCUCCCUCCUGUUUUGUGGCUUCACAGCCCAAUACUGACACCAACCAAUACUACCUUGGGGUCUGAGCGUGGGCUUGGAAGCCUGGAAUUCCUCAAUUCAUGUCCGAGCUCUGCUACGAGCUCUUUCUGUUGCUUUAGGCAAAUCACUUGAGCUUUCUACCUUAUUUCCCCACCUGUAAAUUAACUACACGCCACCGGACUAUUGUGAGGAUUCAGUGUUUGGAGCUGCAGUUCAC